UACCUAUUUUUUUUCAUUCCCACAACAACUCUUCGCUUCACACUCAAAUUCAUUUUAUUGUCUUGUAUAGGUUUGUGUUUGCCUCCUUCAUUGAUACACACACUCAUUACAUAUACACAACAACAAUCGUUUUCUACUUCUUCUUCUUCUUCGUGAUUAUUCCUAAUAUAAUUAUUAUUUACGAAGUUUCAAGAACAGGGUUCGGAAAUUAUUGUGAAAGGGUUCGCGUUUGGAGGUUGAAUUUGAUCUCUGGAUUGGGGAAAACAAAAAACAAAAUGGUACCCAAGUGGGUUUGUGCUGGGUUUGUUUAUCUCCUUCUUGGUUUGAUUUUGAAUGUUGCAGAGUUCUGUAAUGGUGGAAUGACCAGUGGUUAUCAAAGACCUAAUAACCUCAGUUUUGACAUGCCAUUAGACAGCGAUGUGUUUAGAGUACCUCCUGGUUAUAAUGCUCCCCAACAGGUUCAUAUAACACAAGGAGAUUAUGAGGGGAGGGGUGUGAUUAUCUCUUGGAUCACUCCCGAUGAACCGGGUUCAAACACUGUUGUCUACUGGGCAGAGAACACCGAGCUCAAGAACUGUGCUGAUGGCAUUGUCGUUACGUACAAGUACUUCGAUUACACUUCUGGUUUCAUUCAUCACUGCACCAUCAAGGAUUUGGAGUUUGAUACAAAAUAUUACUAUGAGGUUGGGAUUGGGAACACCACUCGACAGUUUUGGUUUAUAACUCCCCCGAAAGUUGGCCCGGAUGUGCCUUAUACUUUUGGUCUCAUAGGGGAUCUCGGUCAAACUUAUGAUUCAAAUACGACGCUAACUCACUAUGAGUUGAACCCAGCGAAAGGACAAGCAUUACUGUUCGUUGGGGACCUCUCUUAUGCAGAUGAUUACCCGUUCCACGACAACAACAGAUGGGAUACAUGGGGGAGAUUUAUUGAGAGAAAUGCUGCUCAUCAACCUUGGAUCUGGACUGCAGGGAAUCAUGAAAUUGAUUUUGCUCCUGCAAUCGGCGAAUCAAUACCCUUUAAACCUUAUACACAUCGUUUUUUCGUGCCAUAUGAAGCUUCUGAAAGUACGUCUCCUCUUUGGUACUCCAUUAAGAGAGCUUCAGCAUACAUCAUUGUCAUGUCUUCUUACUCGGCUUUUGGGAAAUACACUCCCCAGUACAAAUGGUUCACAAACAAGGUAACAGAAGUGAACAGGACUGAAACUCCAUGGCUCAUUGUUCUAAUGCAUCCCCCAAUGUAUAAUAGUUAUGUUUCUCAUUAUAUGGAAGGGGAAACCAUGAGAGUGAUGUACGAGCCGUGGUUUGUGGAGUACAAAGUAGAUGUUGUCUUUGCCGGUCACGUGCAUGCCUAUGAACGAUCAGAACGCGUAUCAAAUGUUGCCUACAACAUCAUAAACGGAUUGUGCACUCCCGUAAACAACCAUUCUGCCCCCGUUUACAUAACCAUUGGAGAUGGAGGCAAUCAAGAGGGAUUGUCAACUGCAAUGACACAGCCACAGCCACACUACUCAGCCUACCGUGAAGCCAGCUUUGGACAUGGCAUUUUUGACAUUAAGAACAGGACUCAUGCCUACUUCAGUUGGCAUCGGAAUCAAGAUGGAUAUGCCAUUGAAGCUGACUCACAAAGGUUUCCAACAAGUACUGAAACAAUCGGAAGAGUCCUCUGUAGCUUCAUCAAGAUAAGGGUUUCAUUUCGUUUCCUUUGUCCUCUUGAAUGGAACCAAUUAUCAACCCAUUAUCCGCACUAAAGGAUUUAUAUAUCCUUCAAUCGUAUUGUACUAUGGUUCAUUGCUUACUUGCUCAUUCUAGUAAAUUGUGAACAUAAUUCAAUUGAGAUUUUGCUUCUCCAUAAUCGUUGUGUGGAACUGUUAAAUUGA